GUUGGCUCGUGCGUGUGCGCGCGGAUGCUCGAGCCAGAACCAGGACACAUCUGCACGCAUUCGGCGUUCGAAUCUUCGACACUCGCGAGCCAUGAUGGACUGCCGUACACAGCCUCCGAGCCAGCGGAGGAUUUUCCACAUAUCGACCACUGGCAUGCAAAACGUCACCGAGGAUGGCGGAGUGAAGAAAAAGAUCACCGUGCACGGAUCCGGCCAUCGUGUACCUCGCCACGCAACGGUCGCUUUCCAUUGCACCACUUACGUCCAGUCAAGUUGCACGGAGCGCGUCGACUCCUCCACGAUGCGCAACACGCCGUUCCGCUGCGACAUCAAGGAUGCGGGUGUUCCAGGACUGCGGAUCGCGCUGCGCAGCAUGCGAGUGGGGGAGGAAUGCCAGGUGCGGGUUACUCCGGAAUACGGAUACGGGGACGUGGGCUGCGGCAAUCGCAUCCCGCCCAGUGCCGUUCUCUAUUUCGAGCUAACCUUACUGGAGUACGUCGAGACCCACGACGACGGCGCCAUGAGCAGCGAGGAGUGCUCCAAACUGCCCUUCAGCAAACUGUUUAAGGUCUGUUGCCUAAAGUACCGUGACGCCAACAGAUUCUUGGCCGCCAAAAACUACGUGGCUGCAGAUCGCGGCUACGCUGAUGCGGCGAAGCUACUGGAGUCUGCGCUGGAGCCACCCGAUGACGAGCAGAGAAACCAGAGGCGUGGGCUCCUCAUCAAGCUGUACCACAAACUGGCGUAUUGCGGAUUGAAAAUUCACGAUCCAAAGAUGGCCGUGGCGAGCUGCCGGUCCGUCCUGCGGCUGGACCCGGCUGACCCGAGGGCGCUCUACCGCUGCGCUGUGGGGCUGCGGGAGCUCGGCGAAUACGAGGAGGCGGCCCGUAUGCAGCGACGCGCCUUCGUCCUGAAGCCGCGCUCCGAGCACGUCAUGAACGAACUCGUGCUCCUCGAGGAUGACGACUUCGUGGAGCUGGCGCGAGACAAGCGCGUGCAACGGUGUCUCGGAAGCGCUCUGGAGGCCCUGGAUUUGAGCGUGACGCGACGGCGCCUGGCGAUCGAACAAGGCGUGGACCCGUACACCAGGCGCGAUAUCGAUAAGUACCUGGGCCUGCUAGCAACUGUGGGAAGCCCGGGCAGGGAGAUGCUUUUCACGAGGAACUUCAGCAAGGACGAUCUCGCAUACGUCCGCAUGACGUGUGAUGACUUGCGGCUGCCGUAUUACCCCAUUCCUGGCGGCCUCAGAGUUCGCCGGCCUUCAGUGUGACGUCACCGGUCGCACGGUUGGAUUGUACCACGAGCAACGGAUCCGCCGGGAUAAAUGGCCGGUAUUGGUGCACUAAAAUAAAACUAGCCCUUCGAA